CCUUCAGGAGCGUCACAACAGGGAUAUAUAACCAAUCAAAAUGGCUAUACCGCAAAAGAGGUAGCCCAGUUACAGGAGAAGACAGUCCUUUCAACUGCGCUUGCGGCGAAGCUUUUGUCACCUUCUUGUACGUGGGGUCAAGUGGGUCGAGAUACCUACUGA